GGAGGCCGCCCCAAGCAUGACAGACCGGGGGGCCAGCCUGCUGUCACCCCUGAAAGGGGGACACCCACCCGCAGUCAAAGCUGGCGGAAUGAGAGUUUCCAAAAAACAAGAAAAUGGUGCUGUGGAGAGAAACUGCAAGAAAAUGGGGUCAGAGAAAACAAGUGCCAUCACUAAUGUUGUGAAAGUGCAAGCUGUGGACAUGUUAGCGGAUACCCUGGAGAAGCUCAGCUAUAAAUUCCCAGCAGCAGCCCAAGUAGCACAUCAGAAGCCCAGACCUGCCAUGGAGAAGAUGAUAUUGCCGAAAAGGAUCUACAUUAUUCAACAGCCUCGCAAAUGCUAAGAAAAGAAAUUAAAUAUUAAUGUUUGACUGACAGUGUGUUUCACUUGUUAAUUCCUUCUGUUCAGUUCUGCAUGGAAGGCUAAAAUUUCAAAGAGACAUAUUAGUGUUAUUGUUUGGUAGUUUUUUGUAUUUUCUUUAUAAUUUGGGGCAAUAAAGCAAUUAUUAUUCA